CUUGUGUUAUACACCUGUGCUGGAGGGGAAACGCCGAAGGUUGCCACUGUCAAAACCAUUGAUUUUGUAAACAGAACCACAAAUCGAACAUUCCUCAAGUGAUAAAUGCUUAAAUAAUGUCGAAAAAAGGCCAGAAAGUCACGGGAAGUUAUUAUUUUGUGAUUGUGGGACACAAUGACAACCCAAUUUUUGAAUUAGAGUUUACAACUAACAAAGAUCCAAAGAGAGAAGAACAUAGACAUCUCAAUCAGUUCAUUGCACAUGCAGCCUUGGACCUGAUUGAUGAACACAAAUGGAAGACACACAAUAUGAACCUAAAAUCAGUGGACAAGUUCAACCAGUGGUUUGUUUCGGCAUUUGUUACUGCAAGUCUAGUGAGAUUUGUAAUGGUACAUGACAACAGAAAUGAGGAUGGCAUCAAGAACUUUUUCACAGAGAUCUAUGAGACUUAUAUCAAAUUUGCCAUGAAUCCAUUCUAUGAAGAGAAUACUCCUAUCAAGAGUUUAGCAUUUGAGAAGAAAGCUCAGACAUAUGCAAAGAAAUAUUUGAGUGCUUAGUUAUAAGCAGCAAUAUGUAAAUAUUUAUUAUAAUUAAAAGUAUGGUUAUUGAAUAAAUGGUAAUUAUUAAAAUAAAU